AUGGGGGACGGUUCGAAUGUGGGUGGGCUGCUACAGGCGACGACGCCUACGUACUAUGACCAGGGCGCGGCCAGUCAAUCAGGAUUAUCGAGAGACACAGACGCGGAGCAAAUGCCUUUUCGCGCGGUCUUGUCAGCUGUUCGUCAUGCUGUUGUGGCAUUUCAGUACUUGGUGGAUCGGCUUUUGGCGCAGCCUUUUCCUUACAGUGUCAUUCUAUCCCGAGACUGUGCUCCAUAUGACGACGCCAUCCAGGCGCGAACAGCAAUCAAUACCUUCUUAUGGGCCGAGGACCGCUUCGGUGGUUUCUUUGGCUCUUUCUUUGGUGGUGGAUUGUGGCAAAUGGAUGACUGCCAGGGCCUUGCAGGCUCAAAAGAUUUCUUCAGCUGGGACGUCUUUCACCAGCCAGGAGAUGCCUCCCGAAAGGCCGGCUCGGUCAAUAUCCUGAGUAUUAAUCUGGAGGGCAUUACGCUGGAACUAUACGAUGAAUUCUGCCGAUGGUUGGAGACAGAGACCACCAUAGCCAAUAUAGACAUCAUCUGUGUGCAAGAAACCUGGAGGCUUACGAGUGACUACGUUCUUCCGCACUGGUCGUGGCUCAGCUCUGGGGCGGAACCUGUCUCAGGACAGGGUGUUGCCGUCCUUGUGAAUACAGCAUAUGCGGACACGGCAGUCCUGAGAACCAGGGAGAUUCGAGUUGGCCGCAUUCUUCAGGUUCAGAUGCCUGUCAAAGAUGACAAACAAGGACGCCUUCUCAAUGUCGUGUGUGUGUAUGUGCCUUCUAAGGUUUCUGAAUCACAGUAUGUCUAUGAGAAACGUGCUGCUGUUUGGUCAGCGCUGGAUAAGUUUCUGACUACGGUACCAGCCCGUCAUUUCUUAUGCGUUGCUGGCGCUUUCAACACGGACCUACAACAGGACGCACCCUUUGUGGGUUGCACCUUUCAGUGGAAAGGGCACUCCCGUGCCCCGGCCAGGGACCAAUCCACCUUCCAGAAUCUGUUGCGUGCCCACUCUUUACAUGCUAUGAACACCUGGAAGCAUGAGGCGACGUAUCUUGACCACCAAGGAAGCAGAUCUCGCGUAGACUACAUCUUGACACGGUCCAAUACAGCUAAAGGCCACAAAUCUGAGACGAUGCCUCAGCUACACUUUGCUUCGUGGCGGGAGGGUAGCAGACACCUAGCCCUGAUUGGGAGGAUUGACCUCACUUCAUGGCGGAACCUCCGCUCCCGUGAGGUCAACAACUUUCAAUACGAUAAGCUUGCCUUGGUGCGUGCCUGUCAACCGGGGCCCGAGCAAGAUCGGCUGAAACAGGCGUUGGUGCCUCAUCUAUCGCUGCUUUAUUCUGGGCCCCCACCGAGUCGGGUGGAGGCACUGCUUCGUCAACUGUGCGCCGAAACCUUUCCGGCAAAGCCAGCGGCUUCUAACCUACAAUGGCAAAAUCCGGAGGUGCAGCAAGAUCUGGAGCGGACCUGGACGAAAAGGGAGCUCAAAAAGGCAAGUCGGCAGAGACGGCGGAAGCACUGGACUCAACAGCUGGAGGAGGCCGAGAAGGCACGGGAUGCUAAGGAUGCUUAUCGCUUCUUCCGUGUCAUUACGACUCUGGCCCCUAGGAAGCCUAUGGAGCGGGUUCAACUGCGAGAUGCGCAGGGAUGCAUCAUGACGCCUGAGCAGGAGGACAAGGCCUUGGCGGCCUACUGGAACACCAUCUAUGGCAGGCCCACCGUGAAACAGCGAGCCUGGACUCUACAGGAGGGAAUUUCCAUUCGCCAGGAGGAAAUCUACCAGGCUCUUCGCCAGCUGAAGGCUCGCAAGGCGGUUUCGCCGGGGCUUGCUCCGGCGGCGGCCUGGAAGGCGUUGGCGGCGGAGAUGUCAGAGUAUCUAGCUGGAUUUGUGCAGCAGCAUUGGCAACAAGGCCCGCUCCUCUUGCCAACUUCCUGGACCGCCACGUCGUUGAUCUUCUUGCCCAAGGCUGGAAAGACCAUAAAGCAGCCAAAGGACCUGCGUCCUAUUGCUCUGCAGUCGGCGGCGUCCAAGGCGAUCACGACAGUCGUGAAGUGGCGGAUUACACCAUCCUUCUUGGAGGCCAUGCGUGCUCUUCUUCAGUAUGCCUACGUUCGGGGGCGCAGUACGGUGGAGGCGAUAGCUCGAGUGGCUGCACAUUGCUCCUCUGUCAGACGUUUGGUCAAGCAACAGCCCAUGACCAUUCACGACAAGUUUGCGGGAGCGGUUUCUAAGGACUGUGUGGGAGGGGCCCAACUGAGCAUUGAUUUGUCGAAGGCCUUCGAUUUGCUGCCUCGUAGCGUGUUACAGGAAAUUCUGUCCACCACCGAUCUCACAGCUGAUGAGCAGGCGCUGAUUAUGCAGUGGCGUCAGCAGGGUCGAUAUCGCAUCCGGAGUCGCGGCAGUGCGGAAGCCCAACACAUUGACCUUCAGUGUGGUGUUCGUCAAGGUGAUGUACUGUCGCCGUAUCUCUGGGGGUUGUUCACUGCUUAUUUGGCGAAGGCCUUGGACGCUGAGAAUGGAAGCGGCUGGACUGCCAGCAGUGGCACAUUGUACGCUGAUGACAUGCACUACAGAUUGGAAUCUUCUAAGGUUGAACAUUUGCAAAAGAUGCGACAGGACGUCCAAAAUAUCUUUGCCGUUCUCCGACGACUGGGUAUGCAGGCCAAUCCGGAGAAAAGUGCAUUUCUCAUCAGUGUGCGAGGCACGCAGGCGAAGAAGUGGGUUCGGCGCUUCGUUCGGAAAGACAAGCAACAGGUGCGCCACUUUCACUUUGGAGGUGGAGCAGAUGACCGUGUGCCGGUUGCUGAGUCCUUUACCUAUCUUGGGGCGGUACUGUCUUACAACAACUUUGAACUGGAGACCAUGAAGCACAGGCUGGGGGUGGCGGCAGGCCACCAUGACAGGCUUCGAAAGAUCCUGCAUGCCAAACGGGUCCUCAGUGCUAAAGUGAGAUAUCGUCAGUGGCAGGUUAUGGUACAAACGGCACAGUUGUACGCCUUGGAGGCAGUUGGGGUUACACCGGAAGGUGCCAAGAUGCUGCAUGUGCAAACCCUGAGACAUCUACGCGGAAUCUUCGGCUCGGCUCGACAUGUGGAUGGACUCUCAGAUCAUGCGUUUCUUAGCAAGUAUGAUUUGCCAGAUAGCAUGCAUAUGGUUCGCAGGCGUAUGUGGCCAAGACCAGAACGGAGCCCAAAUAAAGAUGUGGCGAUGGCCUUUGCUUGCAGCCAGUGUGAUCUUCGCUUUGGUUCGCUGCAUGACUUGAAGACGCAUGAGGGAAAGGCGCAUGGAAUUAUCAAAGCCCGCGUAGAGGUGACCAAAAACGAGCACGGCAUCAAUGGUAUGCCAAUCUGUCGGCGUUGUGGGGAAAAGUUUUCCAAGUGGAACACUCUCUCACGACAUGUGGCCAGGCAGGGCUGUCCGGCCCUUCAGCAAGGACGGGUGGAUGCUGCGGUGAAGGCGAUGCUCAUCACUGAACAAAGGCCUGCUUUGGAGCGUCCGGACGUUGUCAGUUGCAUUAAGCAAAAGGGCUGGGCCGGUCUUCUGCAUGACAAAGCUUUAUGUGCUGAGCUCAAACAGCGCUGUGCAGUGUGUUACCAAUGGAUCGUGGCAACGAACGGGAUUCGCUCACAUAUCCGCAAAGAGCAUGGCACUUCAUUUCUGCAACAUGAGGAUCCGGUGAAGCAGGAAAUGGAGCUCUUCGGCAGUCUUCUGCCAGCCUUCGGGGGGAAGCCGGCGGAGGUGGUAGAAGGGCAGUCCAGUGCAGCGGCCAGGCCCAAAAGACGGCGCACGCAGGACGAAAGCUCCAACUCGAGCAAGGGAAAGGGUGGUGGGAAAGGUGGAGGAAAAGGGAAGAAGAAGGACGGCAAGGAUCUGCAGCUCAAGGAGGUGGUGGCCAUACUGUCCUCUCUAACUCUGCAGCAUGUGGACCAGGUGAGCCGCAUCCAGCUGGACACAGGCUUCCUGAUGACGAUGAAGAACACCGAUCAGCCGGAAUGCAUGCUCCCGGUGAUGUUCAAAAUCAGUGCGGAGUGGAAGCGCAUCAAAGCCGAGGAACCCCAGAAGCUGGACAAGCCGCUCAGGGUCACGAUGAUGGUGUGCUUGCUCAACGAACUCAAAGCCAGGGCCCUCAAGGCCAAGGACAGUGCGGAGGCGCAAAGCAAGCUGCACGAGAUGAAGUGGCUGAACGACCGGGGGGAAUGGGUCUACAUGGUCUGGAACCCGCAGUCGGAGAGCCUGGAGCUGGACGAGACCCGACCUGCCGUACCUCAGGAUGUUUUCAUCAAUCAGGUGACGGAAACCAUCUCGAUGAUAGCACAUCCGGGGGCCUUGAUGCGCUUUCAAAACGUGAGACCGCUGACGGAGGACAUGUCCGGCCACAGUGUGGCGUUCCUGAUCUACGCCAGCAACGUCUUCGGCGACCACCGGCAGCGGAGAAGCUGUCGGCAUGGCUAUCCUCAAAUUGAGGUGGGCACCAACAAGCUUCUACAGGGGCUGAGGAAACUUCAAGGCUUGGAAUCCAAAAGUCUGCACCACAUUGCAUCCCUGUUUGAUUGGAGGUCUUUGAUGCAGGGAUGGAGCAGGCCAGCUGUUCAGCAUGAUGUCACGGAAUUUCUCAUGCAUAUUCUUCGACAAGGGGAGCGCUCCUCUUGGGUUGGACAGUGGCAGUCGGGCACUUGGAUUGCCGAUCGGUAUGAGCUGGAGGACACAGGAUGGGGCUUCAUUCCGCUGCAUGUGCCAGGUGCUGAAGAGAGCUAUACACUACAGCAGUGUCUGGACUUUUGGCAUCGUCGGCCAUCGCAAAUCUGGGGCGAACAAACUGCGUGUGCUUGCAUUGCUUCCCAUGAGACUCAUGUUUGUUUUGCACUGCAGCGGUUUCGACGCAACUCAGAUGUUGUUACGCGAUACAAUGGGCACAUUUCUGUCGAACGCAGGUACAUGCUUCCUGUUCAGACGACAGAUGGAGUGCAGCUGGUUCCCUUCAUGGUUCAGGCAGCGAUCCUUCAUAUGGGGGAACGUGCAGAUAUGGGGCACUAUCGUACUUUGCUCUGGUUUGCCGAUGACGUUUCCUACCUGACUGAUGAUGGUGUCAGGGCACGGAAAAUUCGCAAGUCUGAUGCUGAGCUGAUUGAGCGUGGCAGCCAGAUCAUCCACAAGGAGGUCUUGGCCCUUCGUUAUGGCAUUGGCCGCAAGAUCGUGGGCAUCAACACCACCCUUCUGCUGGUUAUCGUGCUCUCGAUGCAGCUUCGCUUGAUCUUCCGGCCGGAUCUCCCAGCACUGAUCUCCCCGAACCUUUCCUGGACCAUUGCGGGCCACCUGUCCUGGAUGACCCUGGCCUUCGUGGUACCUCAGCUGGCACGGAGCGAUCUGUGGUUUAGUUGCUACUCGCUACUGCUGGUGGCCUACGUUCUUCCGUAUGCCGACGCCCUGGAUGGCAGCACGCGAGUGGCACUCAUCGUCUUCAGCCUCUUCCGGUUUCCCGCCGUUGUGAUGGCAAGGCGGGUGUACACGGUGCUGCUGGGCAACAUACCCUUCGCCGUGGCGCUCGCCUACCGGACUUGUACAGAGCAGAGCGAGGAGACUUACGCGGGCAUUGCGGCGGUGGUGGGCAUGGAGUGCCUGCAUCUCGUACUCCUGACCGCGGCCGCCUUUGUCUUUGAAGACUACUUGGCACGGAGAGUGGAGCUGGACAUGGAGAGAGGCAAUGCCCUGACCCAACUCAACGCGGCAAUCGCCCUGCUUCAGCUCACCUGCGACGCGGUGGUCGAGUUAGACGCGGACUUCCGUCUGACGGAGCACUCCCGGGAGCUUGCAGCCAUGCUCCUGCGGGACGGCGGCAGAGGUGGCUCCUUGCAAGGCAUGCGCUUCGUUGACCUGAUGCCGGCUCCCGAUGCUGCACAUGCGCUGACAAAGCUGUCCGUCUUCCGCAGCAGCGGCAGUGGCAGUCUGCAGGAGAGUGGGGCGAAGCCCAAACCCGGAGAGGGAGCGCGGGCACACGCCUUCCACACCCGCCUCAUGGACAGCUGGUCGACCAAAGUCCGGACGGAGGUUCUCCAGGUCAUGUACCGCAAGAUGGAUGGGCAAACUUGCCAUCUUGUCGGUCUCCGGGACUUCACAGACUCCAAGCCCUACGCUGCUGCUGCUUCACUCUCGGAUGAAGACAUGAACGACGCUGCCAGUGUCGACUCCUUUCCUGUCAGUCCGAGCUCGCGGCACAGCGAGCAAUGGCAGCCGACAGCCUUGUACCAUCGUGGGAUGCUGUUUUUGGAUGUGGAUGUGGAGCGGCUCUGCAUCAAUGCAAGCUCCGCACCCCUUAUG